AAUAAGAUAAGCGUGGAACCAGUCUCAUUCUCCAUGCGCAUGAGCAAUCUUUUGUUUCCUGCUCGAAAUCACGGAAGAGAAGGAGGGCGUUUUUGACAGUUUUAUCCCGUCCUGUCCCUUUCCUUUGUAAAAAGUAAAGAAUAUUUUUCAAGAUGGCGUUUAAAAUGCGACAGAGCAAGUUUCGGCAUGUAUAUGCUCAGCCAUUGAAAAAGGAUCAAUGUUACGAUAAUAUACGCAUAUCAAAGAGCUCAUUGGACAGUAAAUUUUGUUCAGUGAACCCUAAAUUUGUAGCCAUUAUUACAGAGGCUGCCGGUGGUGGUGCCUUUCUAGUUCUUCCAUUAUCAAAGACAGGGCGUGUAGAAAGAGACCAUCCUAUGGUGACUGGCCACACAGGAGCUGUCCUUGAUAUAAAAUGGUGCCCACACAAUGAUAAUGUCAUAGCUAGUUGUGGGGAGGACACAACAGUGAAAGUUUGGCAGAUUCCAGAUGAAGUUUUAACAUCAAACCUGACAGAGCCUGUGGCAGAUUUGAUGGGACAUCAACGGAGAGUUCAUUAUAUAGAAUGGCAUCCAUCUGCUUUAAAUUUAGUCUUAAGUGCAGGUGCCGAUCACAAGCUGCUGCUUUGGAACGUUGGGACAUGUGAAGCCCUCGUCGAAGUUGAUUUACCUGAUCUCUGCCUCAGUAUGUCAUUUAACUACGAUGGUACCAAGUAUGUUACCACAUGUAAAGAUAAAAAAAUGAGGAUAUUUGAGACUAGGACGGGUACCAUGUUGGGGGAAGGCAAGCCUCAUGAAGGAUCCAAACCUGCCCAAGCAGUCUAUCUUAGAGAUGAAAAAGUAUUUACAACAGGGUUCUCAAAGAUGAGUGAAAGACAAUAUGCAUUGUGGGACACAAAAGAUUUGAGUGAACCAAUGAAUAUUGAAGUUAUAGACACUAGCAAUGGAGUUAUAUUCCCUUUUUAUGAUGAAGACACAAAUAUGGUCUGGCUUUGUGGAAAGGGUGACAGUAUAAUUCGGUUCUACGAAGUAACAGACGAGGCCCCCUUUGUUCACUACCUUAACCUGUACCAGACAAAAGAAAGCCAAAGGGGUAUUGGUAUGAUGCCAAAACGAGGCCUUAAUGUAAAUACAUGUGAAAUUACUAGGUUCUACAAAUUGUUGAAUAAUGGUCUCUGUGAGGUCCUUCCAAUGUUUGUACCAAGAAAAUCAGAAUUGUUCCAAGAUGAUUUAUACCCGGACACACCAGGUGACACUCCUGCAUGUACAGCUGCUGAGUUUAUGGCAGGAGCAAAGUCGGAACCAAUCCUAAUCAGUCUCAAGGACGGUUAUACAGGUUCGAAAAAAGACCAACUUUCUGCUGUGCGGAAAUCCAAUGUCUUAGACACACCAAACAAGUUAGCAACUCGCAAAUCCAAUGUAUUAGACACCCCAAGCAAGGCUGCUAGUCGGCCUGUCCACCAUGACCCACCAGCAAGUGCUACUAGUAAUGGUGCAGCCGAGGCCCCCGCUCAAGUUCAAGCUCCAGCACCGCCUCAAGCUCCUGCAGGACCAGCUCUACCCGCUGAUUUUGACCCACAAGCCCUGCAGGAUGAUAUACGUAAAUUGAAGCUUAUUGUAAAAGCUCAUGAACGUCGAAUCAAAUCAUUAGAGGAGAAACUUGUUCAAUUAGAAGCUAACACGUCAGAAGAAGACGACGGGGAACAGGCGUAGAUAGAAAAAAAAAUGUACUUGUAAAUAUAUUAUAUAUA